UUUGCAAAAUACGAUGGUUCAUUUACAUGGAAUAUAUAAUUUUGAAAAUUUGAGUCAAAACAGGUUUUUAGACUAGCUAGUGUCGUUAAACUAGAAUGGUAGAGCUAUUUCAUUUUAUAUUUUAACAAGCUAAAUUGUAAAAUUAUUUGUGAUAGACAUAACCUCUAGCAAAUUAAAUAUUUUAUUCAAGCAUGCCAAGACAACGAAGGCAACGUAACUGUGACUGGCAGACCCAGGCGUAAUGCACGGCGACAAGAAGUAGCCACAGAGUUACAGAGGUUAGCGUCAGCUACUCCACAGUCCGCUGAGCAGUGCCUUAAUUCAGACCCAGCUUCUUCGGUGGGAACACCUCAAACUGCGCAUACUGUUACAGCUGCCAAUUUACAAUCGGGGACUUGUAAUUCUCGUGAAUGCAGCGAUCAGCUACAAGGCAGCUCUGAUUCUAUAGUCAAUCCCACGCAACAUGGUUACUCAAACAUCGGAAACUCUUACACUCCCGAGACUGUCAUAUCAGUACCUAGUGACACCUUCCAGUAUGCAACGUCGACACAAUUGCCUAGUAACCAAAUGGCAUGUUCUCAGAAUUUCAAUUGUCAUGGAAACGCACCAUCUGCCGGAUAUGUUAAUACUAUCUCAUAACAAACUAAUCCGGGCAAUUACACUUCCGGUCAAUAUAUAUCGUCGGAACAUUUGAUGAGUACCCAACCAGGAACAGUACCCUAUGCGACAUGGGCACAGUUGCCAAGUAAUCCAGUGACAGGUUCUCAAAGUUUCGGUUGCCAUGGAAACGCAUCAUUUGUCGGAUAUGCUAAUACGAACACGCAACAAACUAACUCGGACAUUAACACUUUUGGUCAAUAUGUAUCAUCGGACCAUUUGACAAGUAGAUCUAUCCAACCAGGGACAGCAUCUGGCAUGGAUCACAAUGUAAACACUAUUUGUACUACAGAUGCAAGUGUUACAUCAGCUGUGAAUGUCCAACAACCAGUGUACCCCUACUUUAGCAACUCUGGGCCCGUUAUGCAACCCACUAGCAAUGUUCCCGCACAUAGUACCCAGCAAUACAUGGCUCAACCACUGUCGGAGGCUAAUUCACAUAUGUCAGGUAAUGAAACUUUUAUGACAUCUAUAUGUACAGAUCUUGCCUUGCAUGUUAGUCAAAAUAUAAAGGAAAAAUGUUGGCGAGGAGAGUUUAUCGAACUCUCGUCAUUAUUAGAAAAAGAUGUAGCUAGUAAACAAGUUAUUAAAUUAGUCAAUGGUGAAUUGCAAGUUAGCUCGCCACCUUCAAAAACAAACGAAAUUUUGUCAAUUGAAAAGUGGACUGAUGCAUUUUUGGUUUAUAUGAGCAUAAUGUUACAAAAAAUGCCUUAUCUUGCAAGAGAUUUAUUGCAGUAUGUUAAUACAAUACGUUCAGCUUCUAAACAAAACUCUUUUGGGUGGUGUAAAUAUGAUCGGAUGUUCCGGCAGAAACUUUAUAAGUAUACAAAUAUGAAAUGGUCAUUUAUAGAUGCCGAAAUCUGGCUUAUUACUAUGACCAGCCACACACCGGUCAGUGACAAAUUAAGGCCUUGUUUUGAUUUUAAUGAUAAAGGUUACUGUUCAAAAUACGCAUGCCAGUACGCUCACAAAUGUAAAAAAUGCUCAGGGUCACAUUCUUCAGUAAUUUGCAAAAAUGUUUUUCAACUAGAACAAACUAGAGGCACGAAUUAUUUCAGACCAAGAUUCCCAAGGCCCGUUUACAGACAAGUUUCUAAUGGCUCAUCUAUGGGACCUAGGCCAUACACCGAUAGAUCCGGUGCGCUUAGACAUGUGGCUCCACGACUACGACCAUAGGGUGUGCGAAACCGCGUAC